UUUUACAACUAUAAAUUCAAAAAGUUUUCCGAAAAUUCAUAAUGUUUUGGAUUUUGUUUUUAUUAAUGACAACAUCGAUGGUAACAAUGAUUCAUUCGGAUAAUAUUAAUUCAACGGCUACAUUCACCCAAAUUACUGACAAAUUAAUAUCCAAACUUAAAGCUCAUAUGUUAGCUAUGCAACAAUCCAAAUCACGAGGCUAUGAUAAUUAUGGUUAUAGUGGUUAUCUUGAUGGCUAUUAUGGAGAUGUAGCCGGUAAAUCUGAUUAUAGUUGGAUUGUACCUUUGAUCAUAGUCAUUGGUUUUGGCAACGAUGAUAAACGUCCCAAAUUCGGGACCCGAUUUUUGGAUAAAGAAUCUGAUAUUUUUACUCAUAAUGCUUGGGACAAUGUAGUGUGGGAUGAAGAUUUUAGAAAAGAUAUUGUUGAAAAAGUUGAAUCCAAUUCUCUUGUCAAAGUUCCGAAUGAAAAAGCUUUGGAAUUCGAAACAAAUGCUUUCAAAUAUUGGGAUGAUUUCUAUGAAAAACAUGAAAAUAAAUUCUUCAAAGAUCGACAUUGGAUAUUGACUGAAUUCCCUGAACUUACGCCGAAUGAAACAAGUAAAACUAUCCUUGAAUUGGGUUGUGGUGUAGGCAACACAGUAUUUCCCUUACUGGAAAUCGAUAAUCAUAGAUCUUUGUUCAUUUAUUGUUGUGAUUUUUCCGAAAAAGCAGUGAAAUUGGUUCGUGAGAAUCCUUUAUAUGAUGAAAAUCGUUGCAAUGCCUUUGUUCAAGACAUAACAAGUGACUGGAAAUCAUCACCAUUGAUGCCAGAAAGUUUGGAUAUAAUAACUAUGAUAUUUGUUCUAUCGGCCAUUGACCCACAACACCAUAGUCAAGUCAUUUUGAAUCUGGUUCCUUAUCUGAAACCGGAUGGAAUAAUUCUAUUCCGUGAUUAUGGCCACUAUGAUAUGGCACAGAUCCGUUUCAAUAAAGGACGAUGUAUAAAGGAUAGAUUUUAUGUUCGAGGUGAUGGUACUCGUGCCUAUUUUUUUGAAGAAAAUGAAGUUGACCUACUAUUUACCGAAACGAAGAUUUUCACUAGAAUCAAUCUUCAUGUGGACAGACGAUUACAGGUGAAUCGUGCCAAUAAGAAAAAAAUGUAUCGUGUAUGGAUUCAAGGAGUAUUCAGAAAGAAAGUAUGAUAAAUCAAUGACCAAGGUUCAUUCAUUUGGGUAUAAUUGUAAAUAAAGAAAAAAAUUCAUUAUAUUUUCAAUACUAUUAUUAAGAA